ACUAAAAGUUGAAUUGUAGAAAACGCAUCCAAAAGUGUGACAAUAACAGCAAAUUUGUGGAAUGGAAAUAAGCGUUUAUCGUGAGCGCCAUGGUGAUUCCCGGGUAGAACCCUAAUAUUUCAUCGCAAGUUAAAACACUCAAAUUCCAUUUCCAAUCGCAGGAUUCUAGCUCGUAAAAACUAUAGGCCUAUUUCCUAUUUUAAGAGUGCAGUGCAGAACGCUGUGAAGCACGUCACAAACUCUUACGCAUUCACAUGCCGUCGAUUUUUUAGAAAAAUAUUUCAAAUAUGGAAUCCACCCUUGAAGUUGAGACUGCCAAGUUUGGUAUUGUUGAUUAUGCUGUGUUCGGAGGCUUGUUAUUUGUGUCUGCUGCAAUUGGAAUUUUUUAUGCUUGGAAGGAUCGUCACGAAAAAGAUGCAGAAGCAUAUCUUGUUGGUAAAGGUAAAAUGUCACCGAUUCCCGUCGCCAUUUCCCUUUGCGUAUCAUAUGUUUCUGGUCUUCUUAUGGUUGGUUUCCCGACACUAGUUUACUACUUUGGCGCUGUAACUUGCUGGUACUCUGCCGCAUAUUUUGUCGGACCGUGGAUUACAGGACUAUAUUAUAUUCCGAUGUUUUUCAGACUAGACAUAAUGUCGGUUUAUGAGAUUUUAGAAAUGCGAUUCGGUAAAGUUUGUCGACUAAUUGGUUCCACAUCGAUUAUAGUUCUUAUGAUUGUAUAUAUGGGCAUGGUAACAUUCAUUCCAUGUUUAUCCCUGAGCGCUGUAUCGGAUGCAUCGAUUCCACUCUCCAUACUCUUGACAUGCGCGGUCUGCACUUUCUACACUACGCUGGGGGGAAUAAAGGCAGUUAUUUGGACUGAUGUCGUUCAGGCGUUAGUGAUGGUGUUAGGAAUGAUAUCUGUAAUUGUAACAACGACAAUAAAAGUCGGUGGUGUUUCAAAUAUCACUGCAGCAUUGGAAAGAGGAGAUCGUUUAAAUUUUGUCGAAUGGUCUACGGAUCCUUACCUUCGAUAUUCAACAUGGUCUAUAGCUAUCGGUCUACCUGUUAUCUGGAUAAUGAUGUCAGCAAUAAAUCAGCCGAUGGUCCAAAGAUAUUUGUCUUGCAAAAACGUCACUCAAGCAAGAGUGGCAGCGUGGCUUUUACUUAUCCCUCAGCAACUAUUCUUUUGGUUGGCAUUCAUUACAGGUAUGGUAAUGUAUGCCUAUUACGAAGGGUGCGAUCCAUUAAAGGCUGGAGUCAUUGAAAUGCCGGACCAAGCUCUUCCAUACAUGGUAGUUGAUCUUUUUCAAAAUGUUCCGGGUCUUGCAGGUGUUUUCAUUGCCGCUGUUUAUAGUGGAACAUUAAGUACUGUAUCAUCGGGAAUCAAUGCUCUUUCAGCAGUAAUCCUUUCGGACAUCAUCUUGAAGAUCAAACCAGAGUUAGCCAAGAAAAGUUUGAUGAUAAGUAAAAUACUGGGACUUGUUCUGGGGGUAAUUGUUCUAGGUAUGACGUAUAUUAUAUCUGCAAUAGGAAAAAUGGUCAUUGAUUUGUUUUUCGCAGUCUUCGGUGGAAUUGGAGGUCCAUUAUUGGGCGUUUAUACCUUGGGAAUGUUUUUUCCUUGGUCAAAUCUUUACGGAGCUGUUGUUGGACAGCUGAUAGGAACAUUCUUUAGUAUAUGGAUUUCCGUUGGACAAAUUAUAUACCCUCCACCACCAGAAAAACUACAAAUAAGGCCAGUGUAUGCUGAUGAAUGCGUAGCCUUCAAUUCAAGUGAUACUGCGCUAUUUUCUACAGCGGAUUACAAAUUAAAUUUGAGUGAAGUGGAUGUUUCAACCAUACAUACAAGCACAGAAUCAAACAGGCCACCUAUAGCGGAUUCAUUUUAUGCAAUAUCAAGCAACUACACUGGGUUGUUGGGAUUUCUAGUCACCAUUAUUAUUGGAAUUAUUGUCAGCGGCAUAACAGGAUUUGAAGACCCGAAAUAUGCAAAUACUGACAUAUUCACUCCUUUCGUGGACAACAAACAUCUUCCGGAAAGCAUAAUCAAAUUUUUCAGAUUUGGAGUUCCGGAACGAGAAAAAGUGAAAAACGAGGAUUGGGGCGAAGAAAAAACUGAUGAGAAAUUAAAAGACGAAAUAUCCGCUUGAAAUAUAUAUAUAUAUAUAUAUAAUAGAAUGCAAGUGUGAUAAAUAAAAUGCUGACGAUACAUUUAACGUUGUUAGUGUUACCAACAGUUGUUGGUGAACUGUAUUUAAAAAUGCAAAUGCCAUAUUCUUAUGUACUAUGAUCUCAUAUGUAUAAAUUGUUCUGAGUUUCCCUAUACCGUAUUUUACGGACCAUAAGGCACUCCGCCAAUAAAUUACUUUUAUUGGG